AGAUUUCAUACCUUCUAUACGACAGGACCUUCAUACUAAUCCAGCAAAAUGUCGCUCGACGGAAAAGUUGCCAUCGUUACAGGAGGCGCCAGGGGCAUUGGAGCAGGCAUCGUUCGGAGCUUGAGUCAGAAAGGAGCAAAGGUUGCUUUUAACUAUGUCUCUCCCUCCUCAAAAGCUGCCGCAGACGCCCUAGUUGACGAGAUCCGUCGAUACAACGAAGCCAUCGCAAUUCAAGCAGACAUCACAGAUAUGUCCGCGCCAAACGCCAUCGUCCAAGCCACGCUCGCGGCUUUCAAGACGGACAAGAUCGAUAUCCUAGUCAACAACGCAGGAGCAGGAGAUAACAGACCACUGGAAGAAGUGACGCUCGAUAUCUACAAUCAAUUGAUGGACGUCAAUGUGCGCGCAGUGAUCUUCAUGACUCAAGCUGUGCUCCCAGUCAUCAGUCGUGGUGGGCGCAUCAUCAACCUCUCGUCCAUCUCAGCCCGGGGGGGCUACCCUACGCAAUCCGUUUAUGCAGCGAGUAAAGCGGCGGUAGAGGGUCUAACGCGAGUCUGGGCAACGGAGUUGGGCCACAAAUAUGGCGUCACGGUCAAUGCCGUGAACCCUGGCCCGGUCGACACGGACAUGUAUCAAGCUGCGGGUCCAGUGCAUCUGGCACGCAUGGAGGAAGAGAACAAGAAGGUCCCAGCGGGCCAAAGAUGCGGUACGGUGGAGGACAUCGGAGACAUUGUUGCAUUCCUAGCGGAGGAACGGUCUCGAUGGAUAACGGGGGAUGUGGUGUGUGCAAAUGGAGGCCUACUCUAUACUUGAGGCUUGGAUAGAAUUCAAACAUCAUAGCCAAUGCGGUAUAUUGACAUUAAACACAUAGCUUGCAUGUUCCUGGAGAGGGCCGGGAAUCCCCCGAAGGUGGGAAAUGCUUGAAUCAUUCGGAGAUAGCUCCGUCAACCCACUGCUGCCAACUGGUGGAGAUGGCGUUCUAGAAAGAGCAAAUAUGAAGAUAUAUACAUUUCAAC